UGGGAGCCGCUUGGCACGAACAGCCAUUUUCAGUUUGCGGCUGUCAGUCAGUUAAACCGCCGAGAAGCUUCUGCGCUGAAUUCGAGCAGUGUUUUGUUUAGUUUUGAAUUAUUAUUAUUAUAAAACAACACUGAGGAUGGACGGAAGGAGCGCUUUUUGUUGGUCAGGGAUGAAACUUUACUCUUAAACAACAACAAAAACACCAGCAGUGAAGAGUGCUGAGAGAAUCCGCCGUUCCAGCGCCGGUGUCGGGUCUGUAGGAUGCUCCAGCUGGAGCGCGCUGCUUCACUCUUCAGCAGGAUUUAACCGCCGUUUUAUCUGAAACUUGCUUUUUUUGCGACAUUUUUUUUUUUUUAAAUACAGUCUAUUAAUUUAAUCUCAAACGCUUUUUUUUCAUUUCGGUGGGAACAAAACCCCUACCUGUGUGCGGAGAAGCGGCUGUUUGCGAGCGUGAGCGGUCUCAGGCCAUGUCCACUAUGGUGUACCCGAGGGAGGAGGCUCUGGAGCGGCUGAGUCAGGAUGAGAUCGUGCUGAACACGAAGGCGGUGAUGCAGGGGCUGGAGACACUGCGAGGAGAGCACGCUCAGCUCCUCAACUCCCUGCUGGACUGCACUCCUCCCCCCGCCGCGCAGGAGAAGUCUGGCCUGCUCCGCAAGAGCCUGGAGGCCAUCGAGCUGGGCCUGGGGGAGGCGCAGGUGAUCAUCGCACUGUCUGGUCACCUGAGCGCCGUGGAGUCGGAGAAGCAGAAGCUGCGUGCUCAGGUGCGGCGUCUGUGCCAGGAGAACCAGUGGCUGCGGGACGAGCUGGCCAGCACCCAGCACAAGCUGCAGAAGAGCGAGCAGAACGUGGCCCAGCUCGAGGAGGAGAAGAAGCACCUCGAGUUCAUGAACCAGAUACGCAAGUUCGACGACGACGCCACGCCCUCCGAGGAAAAAUCCGGAGAAAAAGAAAAGGACAGCCUGGACGAUCUGUUCCCCAACGACGAUGAUCACGGACCAGCCCAGCGCAGCGGCGAGGCAGCAGCACAGCAGGGAGGAUACGAGAUCCCGGCUCGGCUCAGGACGCUGCACAACCUGGUGAUCCAGUACGCCUCCCAGGGAAGGUACGAGGUGGCCGUGCCGCUGUGCAAACAAGCUCUGGAGGACCUGGAGAAGACCUCGGGCCACGACCACCCCGACGUCGCUACCAUGCUCAACAUCCUCGCUCUCGUCUACAGGGAUCAGAACAAGUACAAAGAAGCGGCGCACCUGCUGAACGAUGCUCUGGCAAUCCGCGAGAAGACCCUCGGGAAGGACCACCCCGCCGUGGCCGCCACCCUCAACAACCUGGCCGUGCUGUACGGCAAGAGGGGCAAAUACAAGGAAGCCGAACCUCUGUGCAAGAGGGCGCUGGAGAUCAGAGAGAAGGUUUUGGGGAAGUACCACCCCGACGUGGCGAAGCAGCUGAAUAACCUGGCGCUGCUGUGUCAGAACCAGGGAAAGUACGAGGAGGUGGUGUACUACUACAGCCGCGCACUCGAGAUCUACGAGAGCAAGCUGGGGGCCGACGACCCCAACGUGGCCAAGACCAAAAACAACCUGGCCACGUGCUACCUGAAGCAAGGCAAGUUUAUGGACGCCGAGGCGCUGUACAAGGAGAUCCUGACCCGUGCCCACGAGAAGCAGUUCGGCUCCGUCAACAACGACAACAAGCCCAUAUGGAUGCACGCCGAAGAGAGAGAGGAGAGCAAGGGCAAGAAGAAGGACUCUGGUCCGUACGGCGAGUACGGCAGCUGGUACAAGGCCUGCAAAGUGGACAGUCCCACAGUCACUAACACACUGAGGAGCCUGGGGGCGCUGUAUCGCCGGCAGGGCAAGCUGCAGGCCGCCGAGACUCUGGAAGAUUGUGCUACAAAGAACCGCAAACAGGGCAUCGAUGCGAUUAACCAGAGUAAGGUGGUGGAGCUGCUGAAAGACGGCACCCCUGCUGGAGAUAAGCGGCAUGGCAGGGAGGGGCCGAACGGUUCUGGAGGUCCUCGUGACUCUGAGGGAGACGAGGCUGAGUGGAGCGGGGACGGGAGCGGCUCUCUGCGACGCAGCGGCUCCUUCGGGAAGAUCCGAGACGCUCUGAGACGCAGCAGCGAGAUGCUGGUGAAGAAACUGCAGGGCAGCGGCCCGCAAGAACCUCGCAACCCGGGGAUGAAGAGGGCGAGCUCUUUGAACUUCCUCAACAAGAGCGUAGAGGAGACCUCACAGGAAGUAAACAGUGGCCUGUCAGAAUGUCGAGGACUGAGCACCAGCAACGUGGACCUUUCAAGACGAAGCUCCCUGAUUGGUUAGAGAGUGCAGUCGGGGUUAUUAAAGAGGAGCGGAGCAAAGCAGGCACGCUGUUUGCGUUGUGCAUUCAAAUCAGAACAAUGUUAUGUUACGUCAUUUAAAAAAAAAAAAAAAAUUCCACCAGUCUUUAGUUUGACAGCCAGUGCGCUACCAAAUAGCUGCGUCUGCUUUGCUUUGUUAAACUGCACUGAUCAGACUGUUGACGCACAGCGGGUAGAGAGAUAGAGAUAGAGUUCCAGUUCACCGCCCUCAGUUCUUUCAGUCCACGGCCAUCCUGUUUUCCUGAAAAUCCAACCAUGCGAUUAACGCAAUACAGCAUGCUGCUUACUCCACUGGACGCGUGUCUGCAUUCGAGACCCUUACUCGCAUCUCCGAGACAUGGCAUGGUUUAAAAAAAGGUUAUACAUCAUAUAAGGAAUGGUUAGUAUGUGUAACUGCAAGCAUUAACUUUAACUAUCUGUGAUCAGAAUGUUUUGUACUUGACUAGAGGUACAGAUAACGCUGGUGUGGCUCCUCACACCCAAAAAAAUCUCGAGUGGUACGAAGCUGGUGUGUUUUGUCAUGGAUGAACAAAAUGCCACGAUGGAAAUGUGUUUUUUUUUUUUAUUAUUAUUUAUUUUAAGUAAAGCGCUGAAAUGAACAGAAAGUAGUGUUGUGGUUGAGGUAACGCCUCUCUUUUGCCUUCCUGUUGUUGUUUUUUUUUCUUCUCCCUUCUGUAUAUACAGGUUUAACUUAUUGAAAUUGUUGUUUCCUUCUUUGUGAAUAACCACACAUGGUUUUGUUUACAUAGUAGGAAGUAGAUUGACUUGAUGAAGUAGAUGAACUGUUAAAGAAACACUGAGCUUUGUUGCUUGUUUCACAUGCCGUGUGAACAGAAGAGCUCUCGAAAGAUGCUGAAACUGGACCCAAGUCGUGUUCUGCUGAUUAUUUUGACGUUGUCCGUUAAUUUCCGAGUCUUGGUUAACGCCAGAAUUGUAUGAUGAAGUCAGAGUUUGUAUAUAAGUGUGUGUGUGUGUGUGUGUGGUUAUUUUUGCGGUACAAAGCGCCAUCAUGUAGCGUAUAUGAGUUUGUGGUUUGGUUCGAUUCAUUUGCUCCAAACAGUGAUUGAUCUUUGAUUAGAACAUAUCUUCACUACGUUCGCUAAUUCGGCGUCCUCGUAAUUAUUUAUGCGUUUAUGUAAGAGCCGAAACAAGGAAGUCCUACAUCGCUGGCUUACGUACUGUAUUCUUGUGUUGUGGUCGUCGGGCACGCAGCAGUGUUAUUGUACCUGCUGUGUCACUUGAGAGUUGGAUUUGACUGAACGAUUAGGGGAAAUGGAAAUUUUGUAUUAAAGGUGCAGUUUGUAAUCUUUUUUUGUGUGUGUAGAAGUGUUUCUACUAUAUUCAUAUAAACUCAGUUAUCUGUGACGCAAAGUAAAUGUCUUUAUGUCAGGCUUCUAAUGACAUUUUUCUGGCCCUGAAAUUGGCUCCGCCCCCAGAUAAACAUUUCCCCGCCCCUUCCAAGGCCUCAUAGUGGUGUACAUGUUAUACUACAGCGCUGUAGAAUUCUCAAAUCGGAACUUUUCAGUAACACGGUACUUCCAGCUGUAAUUCACAUCCCAGGAUUAUAUUAAUACGCUUGUUCUAAUAAGUCAUCGUUUCUAUAGUAACGGCUUGUUUACAGAGACCCGUGAACGAGCUGUUACUGCGUAGUUUAAGGCUAGUAAAGAAUGAAUGGAUUAAAACAUGUCGUUUUAGUAAGAGCAACGUGUAAUCGUUGAUAUUGUGUAGCUUUCUGUGUGGAGACAUUUUAUGGAAGGAGUCUCCAGUGUCGGUACGUUUUCCUCCAUGGGAAAGUCUUCAGGACCGAGGAACCGCUUUUUCAUUUUGUUUCUACCGCAAUUAACCUCGAACGAGAGGCCGAUGAAGGGUGUUCACGUCACCUCACAGCCAGCAGAGGGCGCUGAAAUAAAAUGACAAACUGCUCCUUUAAAUACACAACCAUGUCUUUUGGCUGAUUUUGGUUUGCGCAGAAUGGUGUUGCUGGGAAACUGAAGGCAGAGAGGACGUUGACGUUGGACUCGUGGUGGGGGAAGGUGUUCAAAAUGAAUGUAAGAUCGCAGGAAUGUAGGGUGGAGAACGGAAAGAUUUUGUGCUGUGAAACUCUUCCAUUCACUGUGUCUCAUACAUCACACAUGGAUUCGGUAUUGUUUUGUAACUGCCGGUGAAUCGCUCAGGCAGAUCAGUAAACUCCUGCGUAGUGCUCGGGUGAGCGUUUACACUGCAAAAAAAAAAAAAAAAAAAAGAAGCUUUAA